UAUUAAUUAAAAUAUUCCACCAAUCAAAUUCCCAAUCAUCUCUUUUCAAUUUCCCUUUCCUCUCUCUCUCUCUCUCUCAUCCCUCUCUUUCCAACUCCUCUGACUUCGCCGGAAUGUUUAUGAUUUGAUUUCUUCACUCGAUCGCCCAGUUCUCCACCAUAUAUAUCUUCCCGGAAAAAACCCGACUCCAAUCCGGCACUUGAAGAUUCUGUGGAAGUAAUGAACUCGCCAUCGUCGAGAGGCGAAGGCGAUUCAACAACUCGAAUCGCGGCUCGAUCUUCCAUGAUCGAGUCAUUCAAGGGAUGUGGAUUGACAGGGUUGCGAAUUGACAAGGAGGAGCUAAGGAAGAAGCUCCGGAUGCCGCAAUACCUUCGGUUUGCUAUGAGAGAUUCCAUCCGGCUACAGGAUCCCAGCGCUGGAGAGAGCCGUUUGCCUGGUGCUAAUUCUAUCUCCGGCUCAGCUUUUGUUCCCGAGAAUGACGAUGGCCCUCCGGCGUCACCGAUGGUGGUGUUCAUUAAUCCAAGGAGUGGUGGUCGCCAUGGCCGCUUGCUCAAGGAGAGACUCCAGAUGUUAAUUAGCGAAGAACAGAUUUUUGACUUAACAGAUGUGAAGCCUCAUGAAUUUGUUAAGUAUGGAUUGAGAUGCCUUGAGUUAUUGGCUGGGCUUGGUGAUGCUUGCGCUAAAGAUGUUCGAGAGAAGAUGAGGGUCAUGGUUGCUGGAGGUGAUGGUACUGUUGGUUGGGUUCUUGGUUGUCUUUUAGAACUUGAGAAAAAGGAGCGGCUGCCUGUUCCACCAGUAGGAGUAAUUCCUCUUGGUACUGGCAAUGACUUAUCCAGAACCUUUGGCUGGGGUGGUUCUUUUCCUUUUGCUUGGAAGUCGGCCAUCAAAAGAUCCCUAGACCGGGCAACCACCGGUCAAAUUCGUAAGUUGGAUAGUUGGCAUGUUAUUCUCUCUACACCAUCUGGAGAAAAUGUGGAAUUACCCCAUUGCAUGAAACCUACAGAAGAGCAUGCUCUUGAUGAGAGCUUGGAAAUCGAGGAGGCAUUAUCAGAGAAAGCAAGCUGCCACGAAGGAGUAUUUUAUAAUUACUUCAGCAUAGGAAUGGAUGCUCAGGUUGCUUAUGGCUUCCACCAUCUACGUAAUGAAAAGCCUUACCUUGCACAAGGUCCAAUUGCAAACAAGCUGAUUUAUUCUGGCUAUAGUUGUGGUCAGGGCUGGUUCUUCACGCCUUGCUCUAGUGAUCCGAGGUUAAGGGGCCUUAAAAACAUUCUAAGGAUGCAUGUCAAAAAGGUCAAUUGUUCAGAUUGGGAGCAGAUUUUAAUCCCCUCGAGUGUAAGAUCUCUGGUUGCUUUGAAUCUCAACAACUAUGGUAGUGGCAGGCAUCCAUGGGGAAAUCUGACACCAGAGUACAUGGAAAAGAGAGGGUUUGUAGAGGCACAAGUUGAUGAUGGUCUUCUAGAAGUUUUUGGUCUAAAACAAGGAUGGCAUGCAUCACUUGUAAUGGGAGAACUCAUCUCUGCUAAACAUAUAGUUCAGGCUGCAGCAAUUCGAUUUGAACUUCGAGGUGGAGAAUGGAAAGAUGCAUUUUUGCAGAUGGAUGGAGAGCCAUGGAAGCAACCAAUGAGCGACGAGUUUUCGACUUUUGUUGAAAUCAAGAAGGUACCUUCUCACUCACUAAUGAUCAGUGGAGAAUAACUUGAGAGCUACACAUUGUUCAUGAUGCUGGUAAUUUCUUACUGUUAGGAUUAACCAUUAAUGUAAAGUAAACGGGUUGGUUGGUCGUUGGUCAUCCUUCCGAAAGAAUGUAAAUUUUUUUAUAUUGUGCAAGUAAUUUUUUUUUAGUUGUGGGGAGAGUUUGAUGUUUCAGAUUCAUUUGAAGGGAAGAACAUCUGGUUCUUGUUAGGACAGGAUGACUAAACAGCAAAUGAGUCGUGAGAGUGGCCAAAGCCUCGAAACUUAUUUAUUGUUUGUAUUGUGUGACAUUAAUUCAUUUAGCAAUUCAUGAAGCUCCCAAUCUUCUGAAGA